GUGGUUACAGAUUUACGUUGUGACCCUAUAGAUCUUGCAGAGCAUUUGUCGGUUUUCUUCUCGUCUGUUCCUCUCCACUAUGUCGGACAAGGCAGCCUCUGGUGGCAUAUCCUUCCAGCCUUCAUCGCAGCUACUCAUCCCACAAGUGGACGAUUUUCAUGUGUCCAGUCGCGAUAUGCUGCCUUUGAUGCAAGGCAGUUCGACGUUUGCUCAACCGCCCGAUACCGUUCAUGCCACGCCGCUGCAUGCGGUAGCUGUGAACGGUGAUCGCAAUCAAUUGACAAGCCUUAUUACGUCAGGAGCUUAUGAUGUUGAUUGUGGUGAUCAGUAUGGAAGAACUCCUCUGGUUUACAGCGUUCUGGGUGAUCGACUUGAUUGUGCUGAGGUGCUACUGAAAGCAGCAGCUCAGGUGAACAUGGCUGAUAUGGAUGGUCGUACUGCUCUCCACUGGGCUGCAUAUCAAGACAAUUUUCGAUGCUUGAGGUUGUUGUUGUCUAAAGGUGCCAACUGGAGAGCUAAAGACAACGAGGGAAGAACUGCUGUUCAUCUUGCAACUGGCCACCAGAAUACAAAGUGUCUUAGAGAGUUAUUGAGAAAAAUCAAAUACGGUUCAAAAGACAUCAAUGAUGCAGAUGCUGAACAAAUGACCGCUCUGCAUUGGAGUGCCUACAAUAAUAAUCCGGAUGCCAUUCGUCUUCUCAUCAAAGCCGGUGGAGAUGUGGUGAAGACAGAUAUGGAGGGCAAGACUUGUCUUCACUGGACAGCAGCAAAUGCCGAUGGUUCAUCAGUGAGAACAAUACUGGAACUAAGUCCAGCUGUUGUGAACUUGCAAGACAAUGAAGGACGUACUGCAUUGCAUCUAGCUGUUGCCGAAGGCAAUGAAAACACCGUUCAUGCUUUGACAUCAAUUUUGAGUGUGAAAUGUGAAGUGGCAGCUCGUGACAACAUGUACAGAACACCGCUACAUUGGGCCGCAGUGUUAGGUCACUCGCAUAUUGUCGGGUUGCUGCUGGAUAAGAAUGCUGACUAUGCCAGCAGUGAUGGAAAUGGUGCUACUGCACUUCACUAUGCUGCUCAGAAUAAUUUCUCGGAAACUGUUGCUACAUUCUUGUCAUUCCCUCAUGUCAAAGAUGAGAAAGAUAAUGAAGGAAGAACGGCACUGAUGUGGGCAGCAGGCAAAGGAAGCUACGAAGUGGUUCGAACGAUGAUGGAAAGAAAGUUGGGUAUUCAUGCAUUUGAUAAACACGGAGGAACAGCUUUGCAUGCAGCAGCCUUUGCUGGCCAUGCCAACAUCAUUCGUCUUCUCAUUCAGCAUAGUGCAAAUGUGAAUGCCCUGGAUUCUCGAUAUCACACUCCUCUGUUUCGUGCAUGUGAGAUGGGGCACACCGAAGUUGUAGUGACUCUACUCAAUGCUGGUGCAAGUGUUGAUAUUGUUGAUGCUGACGGUCGGGCUCCACUUCACUGGGCAGCUUUGGGAGGUCAUGCUUAUAUUUGUAUGUCCCUCAUACAACACAGUGCAACAGUUGAUAUCAAGGAUAGAUCGAGUCGAACACCUUUGCAGUGUGCAUCAUAUGGUGGCUUUGUGAACUCCAUGACGGUUCUUUUAGAAAAUGGUUCUGAUCCAAAUGCGAGGGACAGUGAAGGAAUCACCGCAAUUCACUGGGCUUGUUCUUCCGGUCACUUAGACUCCGUUAGAUUGUUGUUUGAAUAUGGAGCUAAUCCGAACUUUAUGGAAGUUGAUGGUGAGAGGUUGACUCCAUUGGACUAUGCAAUUAUCAACAAUCAUCAAGAAGUAGCGCAGUUCAUGAUUGAACAAGGUGCCAUGUCUAUUAGUAGCAUCGAAGAGCUGGCAGCAAUAGCAAUUCAGAAUGCUUGGCGAGACUAUAGGAAACGAAGGUUGGUUUGGGAGGCACAAACAGAUAUACAUGGAAGAUCAGUUGUAACAGAGAAGCCACAUCCAGUGCAAGAAGACAAACAAGACAAACAGCAGCUUCACCUAGCAGAGGCCAGAAAGCGGGCAAUGGAGAGACGUGCAGAAUUGAAGCGACAGGUAACUGAAGCUGAGGGAGUUGAUGACAAGCAAAGAUUGAGACGUGACUUGAGUUCACAGAGUCAAACGUCAUUUUACCAUCGUGAUACUGUAUCUAUGCUUCGUCAACAUUCUCUACAAGAUCAGCAGGAGCUUGCUUAUAAAGAGCGCGUUCGUCUUGCAAACAUCAGACAGAAAACGAAAGCUGCUCUUGUCAUUCAGCUUGCAUGGAGAAAAUAUCUGCGAACGAAGAGAAAACAAGAAGCAAUGGCUCUGAAGCGCAGGGCUUCACAGAUGGGAAGUGUUGAGUGGCGUCGUCAGAUUGCUGCCCUAACAAUUCAGUUGGCAUGGAGGAAAUACCUUCGUCGGAAAUUGCUUAAACUUUACUCCACACGUCAGAAAAUUCUGUAUGAGUGGAGUCCAAGUGUUCUUGCAGCAAAGCAACGUGCACUUGUUGAGAAAAUAUACAGUCAACAGGUGAAAGUUGUCGAGUAUCGACCGCCAUCUCCCAAACCGAUGGCCAGACCAGCGUAUUUCAGAUACAUUCCUUCACAAGCCGCGUUGUCAUUCAAUUUUGCUGUCGAUCAAUAUAAUCCAAUGACGGCUCGUCUAGGAAUGAGUAGAGCAUCCGAGUUGAAGCCAGGGAGCACUCGUAUUAGACCAUUCAGUCUUCACCGAGGAAGCAAAGGGUGGUCAAGAGAAUCGACAUCAACAGGCUAUGGUGCAGCAAGGGCUGUCAGCAGUGGAGUCCUGUUCUGACUGAGACAUUUUGAAUUAUUGUGAGACGAUGUCAUCUGGGUUAUUCCUUCGCAUUAGAUUGUGUGUUGGUUUGUUUUCAAUUUUAUCUAGUUUAUUUUCCCUAAUUUUUCUGGGUGGAGAUUAUUUUUACACAAUUUCUGUCUUUGUAUCCUGCUGUCUGGUGUCUCGCAUACACUCCAGGCCAUUUUCAUAUGAUCGUAUUUUAUAAUUUAUCAUUAUAUGUACAUACGCUG